CUGCUGACAGGAGAGGACAGGAAGGUUUAAUAUCAGACAAAGCAAUGGCUGAACUCUCUUAUUUUGUCUGUGCUCCUCUUCUGCUCUUCUGCCUCUUUCAUGCUUCUGACAACAGGCAUGACAUACAGCCUUCAGCUUUGUACUGACAUAAAAGAAGAGCUGGAAUCAGUGAAAACACAGCUUCUGGAAUCAGCUCAGGACAGUUCCCGGCUCAAUGAGGAGGUCUUUGGGUUGAACAGAGAAGUCAAGAAGCUCAGUCUGAAUCUUAACACCUGCACUUCUGCCUUGUCGUCUGUCGCCGGCUUUCUGCAAAAGGAACAGGAAGAAAAGACMAAUGAACUGAACGAUAAGAAGCUAAGUAUUGAUAGACACCCUGCAACCCAAUCUAACAUUCUACAGGCGAUCUCACUGCAGGAUCAGAUCUGGGAUUUAAGUCAGGAAGAGUUUACCAGCGAAACUACCGUUCAGCUCACCGGGAAGAUUCUGGAUCUACAACAACAACUCGAUGGAAAUAUCAAUGCGCUGAAAGAAAAAGGAGACUCGAUCUCAGAGUUGCUGGAGCUGAUUUCUGUGCAGAGUAAGAUCACAGUGUUGGAGAAGAGGAUCAGUUUCCAGACUGAGGAAUCCAAGGCUAAAAUUGAUGACGCUCGUCGACAACUGAGGGAAAAGACAGAGCAACUUAAGAGCGUAAUUGUGCUGUUGUCUAAGCAGAAGGGCAACAAAACACUCACAAGAAAAAUUCUGAAGCUGCAGAUGGAGGUGGAACAAUUAGAAGAUCUGAUUUCAAAUUCGGAGAAUGUGGAAGCUACACUUAUUGUAAUAAGAGAAGAUUUGGAGGUACAGAGAAAACAAGAGUACCUUUUGCAGAAAAAGCUGGAGGAAGACGACAGCGUCAUCUCACAGCUGAUUUUGAAAAUUAUCAGCAUAAUGCAAGAGCUGAGAAAGCAGCAGAAGACAUCACCAGGUCAACAGCAGGAUAUUUUGACGUUGUUCAGCACUUGUAAACGUGACUAUAUUGUGGCCCAAACUGAAAUAAAACACCUGCGGCAAACAUGUGAGGAGUCCCCUGUACUUAAAGAAAAAUAUAAAGAGCUGGAAAAAAAGUUAAAUAUUAAAGUGGAGGAGAACCAGAGUUACCAGGAGACAAUUGAAGAUCUGCGGAAACGUGUGAACCAGACAGAGAGAGAGUGUCCUGAGAGCGAACAGAAGAUUAAUGAUCUGCAGAACAGUUUGGAUUCCAAGGUCCACGAGCUGAAGUCCCAGACCAACAACGUUACUUCACUUGCUCUUCAGAUUUCUACUCUAACUGCAAACCUGGAAGAACUGAAGAGACAACUGGCAAACUCUGUAUCCAAGUCCAAGGUGGACGAACUUCAACAAAUCAUAGAUGAGAAGAACAAAGAACUGGACAGCAAAACAAAAAAACUGAAAGAGAUAAGUCCUCAAGCUCAAAGAUUUUUGCAGAUUGUCGCUAAACUAACCGAGAUUGAAAGACUGUCAAAUUUGCCAGCUAACGAUACAAAUUAUGCCAUGAUUACAGUACUUCAAGAUCAAAUCAAGACCCUGAUUGAUGGAAUUAAAGACAAAGACGAUGAGAACACAAAACUGAUCUUUCAAAUUUUGGCUUCUCAAGAUGAAAUAGCCAAACUUCAGAAGUAUAAAGAAGAACAACUGGAGGCACAAGCGAAAAGAGUGAAUGAGCUGGAAAAUGAACUGGAGAACAUCAAAAUUCAGAUCGAACAAAAAACUGACCAAGUGACUAUACCUGGUAUAAGGAUUGCUAAUCUAUCGGCUGAGAUUUUGGAGCUUCAAAGUAAAAUCCAACCACUGGAGGAAGAGCUAUCAGACCUCAAGGAAACAUAUGAGACAAACCUCGCUGAGCUUCAAGAAAGACUCAACACCGCAACGAUUCAACUUCAAGAUGAUGAACUUCUGCUGAAGCAGUCAAACUCAAGGAUUUUUGACCUGUUAACGCAGAUCAGUGACCUGAAGACUCAACUGAAAAAUGCCAAAAAACAGGCAUCUAAACCUGCUACACAGAGCAUCGCAGACCUGGAAGAAAAACUGAAAACCCAACAGAGAGAGAGCAAGAAACUUGAAAGCGCCAACAAAAACUUAAAACAAGAAGUGGAGGCGCUGAGAGCACGCUGCCCUGUGAAUGCAGACUGUGGAGACUUACAGAGACAGUUGCAGCAGAGCCAGAAGGAUGCAGACUAUUACCACAAGCUGACGCAGGAGAAGGAAAACGCCUUGAAAAAUCUGAGACAUAAUUUUGACGCACUGGCUCAAGAGAAAACCAGACUGCAGCAAGAUUACGAUAAUCUUCUGAAGAAACAAAUUCACUUGGAAGACCAGACAAUCCAAACCUUCGAGAGAGAAAAUGCUCUAGAACAGGAGAGGCUAGAAAGAGAACGGAUCGAGAGAGAAAAGGCUCUAGAACAGGAGAGGCUAGAAAGAGAACAGAUCGAGAGAGAAAAGGCUCUAGAACAGGAGAGGCUGGAAAAAGAAUGUAUCGAAAAAGAAAAGACUCUAGAACAGGAGAGGCUAGAAAGAGAACAGAUCGAGAGAGAAAAGGCUCUACAACAGGAGAGGCUAGAAAAAGAACGGAUCGAGAGAGAAAAGGCUCUAGAACAGGAGAGGCUAGAAAAAGAACGGAUCGAGAGAGAAAAGGCUCUAGAACAGGAGAGGCUGGAAAAAGACCGAAUCAAAAAAGAGAAGGCCCUGGAACAGGAGAGGCUGGAGAGAGAACGAGUUCUAGAGGCUGAGAGAAGGGAGAAGGAAAGAAUCGAGAGAGAAAAAGCUCUUGAACAGGAGAGGUUGGAAAAGGAAAGGAUUGAGAUGGAGAAAACCCUGGAACAAGAGAGACUAGAAAAGGAGAGGGCUUUGGAACAAGAGAGACUAGAGCGCGAGAAGGCUGCAGAGUUGGAAAAAAUUGAGAGAGAGAAGGCUUUGGAACAAGAAAGGCUGGACCUAGAGAAGAGGGAAAAAGAGAGACUUGAGAGGGAAAGACUAGAGAGAGAAGCAAAAGAGAAGGCAGAGAGGGAAGCAGCUCUAGAACAAGAGAAGAGAGAGAAAGAAAAGGCAGAGAAGAAAAGAAAAGAACAGAUAGAGCAAGAACAAGCUUUAGAGAAGGAGAAACUUGAAAGAUCAAAGGCACUGGAGAAGAAAAGAUCUUUGAAGCAGGAAAAAGAACAAGCUCUUGAACAGGAAAUACUGGAGAAGGAGAAAGCAAAGCAGAGAGAAGAGGUGAAACAACAAAAGGCACUGGAAGAGGAUAAAGAGAAGUUAAAGAUAGCUGACAAAGACACGGGGAGUCACCUUCAACCAUCCAAAAGUAACCAUGAAGUUGAUGUACCUCCCCAGCCAGCUCCUCCUUCCCUGUCCAAAGAACUGCMUCGAAAAUCAUCAAUAGAGGCAGGGCAGGAAGAUGUCCAUUCUCCAGUGUCUCAGCCUAAAGCCCAGGCGGCAAAGUCUGAUGAAACACCCCUGCCUUCUCACUCAUCAUUUAAGAAGUUUCGCUUUCUAAGGGACUCCCCCGUUCAGCCCAAGACCUCAUCCACUUCUUUGGUUAUUAAGCGACCACGUACUUUCUCUGAUAGCCCCCAGCCACAGGCCUCACUUGUCACCUCACCCACCGGUAUUGGGAAACGACGAUCCUCUACUAARCAGGAGGAGCCACUGAUUGGAACAGUCCAGGAGGUUGGUGCUGUAACUGUAGGAUCUGCAAAGUCCCAGUCUGAGAAGAGCACUGAAAAAGUUUCACAGGAUCAGAGCCCUAAAGAAAGUGGGGCAAAAAACCUUGUUUUGGAGGAGAAAAAUCAGAUGGCCUCGCCCCAGACUGAAGCAUCUGUCAAGGAGUCUWUCAAAAGUGCUAAAGUACUGGAAGAAAGCAAGAAUUCUUCAAGUCCAGUGGACACUUCAGAAGAUGGGGGAGGAGAUGCAAGGAAGGCAGAGAAAAGAGCACGACAAAGAUCAUCGUCGAGCGAUUCAUCCUCAUCAGAAUCAGAUUCUGGGUCCUCAUCAUCUCAGUCGUCUGGAUCAUCCAUAUCCUCUCAAGAUAAAACAUCUUCCUCCUCUAGAGGUAGAGAGGAGGAGAAAUGUAAAGCAGAAUUCUCACCACUGCAUGUGGAGACAGCUGAGGCUGUAAAAGACAAAGAGACACCAGUAAAAAGGAAUAACACUGCUGAUAAAGAUGUUCACACUACG